UGUGAGGCUCUUUUUCACCUUUGCGCAGUGGAGCUAAAGUAGAUUCACAGCGCCAUGGCAAGCAAAAAAAGUUUGUACCCAAAUCGGAAUAGUGGGGACAAAUAUUCUGUUUUAUUACCUACCUACAACGAAAGGGAAAACCUGCCUUUGAUAGUGUGGCUUUUGGUGAAAUAUUUCGGUCAAAGUGGCUAUAACUACGAGAUUAUUGUCAUUGACGACGGAAGCCCAGAUGGGACAUUGGAGGUGGCAGAGCAGUUGCAGAAAAUUUAUGGAGAGGAUAAAAUACUUCUACGGCCUAGAGAGAAAAAGUUGGGUCUAGGCACUGCCUACAUCCAUGGCAUGAAGCAUGCAACUGGGAACUUCAUCAUCAUCAUGGAUGCAGAUCUUUCACAUCAUCCCAAAUUUAUCCCAGAAUUUAUUGAAAAGCAGAAGGAAGGUAAUUAUGACCUGGUAUCUGGUACUCGAUACCAAGGGAACGGAGGCGUGUACGGCUGGGACCUGCGCAGGAAACUCAUCAGUCGGGGAGCCAACUUUUUGACUCAAGUGUUGUUGAGACCUGGUGCUUCAGAUCUCACAGGCAGCUUCAGGCUGUACAAGAAGAAGGUGUUGGAGAAUCUAGUCGAGCGGUGUGUGUCUAAAGGCUACGUCUUUCAGAUGGAGAUGAUUGUCCGUGCCAGACAGCUCAACUACACAGUUGGAGAGGUACCCAUUUCAUUUGUGGAUCGAGUUUAUGGAGAGUCCAAACUGGGAGGAAAUGAGAUAGUUUCGUUUGUGAAAGGACUGCUCACACUCUUCGCCACGACAUGAUUACUGAUGCCCUCAGUUUGGACACGCCACAGUCGUAUAGUGUUCCUUUCACCCUCCAGGUUGCUGUAUAAACAGAAGUUAUAUCAGGCUUGUAAUGAGGGGGAAAGCUCUGCUUGUCUAUGGUCGGACAGUGACAUAACAGCAAAUGACAAGGGAAAUGGUCUCCCCCCCCUUCCCCCUGUUAGCAGUAAAUAUAAACUAACUCCCUGACAGUGGCCAUCCAGAAUACUGAAGAAAUACAGUGCUUUACAUUCCCAUCAUCCUCUAUAAAGAAUUUUGAACACAACACACAGUAUCUCAUCAUUCACAAUCCAGAAGUCACUGAACUCUGUAUUAAUACAGUUGUCAGAAGGGUUUAUAGUGUGUGACUAACUGCUACACUUGAGAUUGUUUGUAUGACAUUAAACUGUUUGUAUU